AGGUCGCGGUUGUCCCAUCCCCGCGUCCCGCCCGUACACACUGAACUGAGGUUGUAAAUCUGCGUGCAGUGCAUCGAACUAAAGAUAGCCCUAGCGACUUGUGAAGCUAGCUAGCUGUGCACAUUCUGUGAACAGAUCGACGAUUUGGUCAAGAACCGGCUCUGCGAAUCUGAAACAAUUAAACCCUCUCAAGAUGAAAAUGGAAGAGACGAGUGGUAGCCACGCAUUCCAAUUGAAGAUAAAGGAGUUGAUUGAGGCUGAAUCUGAAAGAGACUUGUUGUUCCAGUAUUUAAGAGACUACCAGACGAAUCAUGAAGUGUCAAAGUUUGUGGAUUGCUUGGGAUCAGUGGUUAGCCAUCCACAUCGAGUUGUAUUGUUUGAUCAAGUGCGUCCUUUCAUCCAGCCAUCUCAACAGGCUCUCUACAAUCAGCUAAUCCCUUCAUUACAUAGCAAAAAAUUGAGAAGCAUUCACUUUGAUCGCCAGGGAUCUGAGAGUCUUGGUUUUUCCUUGAGAGGUGGGGUCGAGUUUGAUGUUGGUGUGUUUGUUUCCAAGGUAACAUCCAAGUCAUGGGCUUCACAGAAAGGACUCAAGGUUGGUGAUGAAAUAGUUCGUGUGAAUGGUUAUAACAUUAAGCGAGCUACACACAGUGAAGUAAUAGCUGCCUUGUCUAUCAGCAAAAUCGUCAAACUGAAAGUCAGACGUGUUGGUAUGCUACCUGAGAAAACAGAAAGAAGUGAUCAAAUUACAUGGAGGCUUGUCAGCAGAAACCAGAAUCACUCUCAGGUUGAAUUGGAGACUAGCAAUGAAGUUAGUAAAGAGACAGAUCGUAAAGUAUUUGUCAAUCUUCAGACUGGCAAGAAGUUGGGUUGUGGGAUUGGAACUGGACAGAAUAAUGAGCCUGGCAUAUUCAUCCUAACAAUCACUAACGGGUCGUUGGCUCAAAAAAUGGGCUUACAGGUUGGUGAUCAGAUUCUUGAUGUCAAUGGUACAAACUUCUUGAAUAUUACCCAUGAUGCAGCAGUGAUGGAGCUUAAAUCAAGUAGCCAGCUGACCAUUUCUCUUCGAUCUAAGAAGGUAAUGGAUUCUGAUGCACUUCCAUUAGAAAAAUCAAAGUACUUUUUGGCAGGAGCUGAUGUAUCAUCAAUUCCUAAACAAUCACCAGAGACAGGUGAAAAUCAAGCAAUAUGUGAAGUAAAUGCAUCCCAAGAUAAAGCACCAGCCAAGUCUACAGAGGAUAAUAAAGACGACAAAGGCAAAGAAAGUCUGAGUAGCAACUGGUCAUUCAAAGCCACCAGUAAAUCGGAGAGGUACAGAGGUUUUAGUGUUGAGAAAAAGACGGGAGAUAGCAAAGGUUCAGCCCUGCAGCAACCACACUAUGGACAAGGACCUUGGUGGAGCAAAGAUCCUUAUACUCUGUUUAGCUCCAGAGUGAUUGAUGGACGUACACUUUGUAAGGUUGAGAUUGUAAAGGACAGACCAUUGCAGAUGCUUAUUGAAGGAGGCAUUGGUUCACCUCUUGCUGGAAGAAUUGUUGUCUCAGAAAUCUAUGCAGAUGGAGCAGCUCAGCAAAGUGGUGCAAUUUUGAAAGGCGAUCAAUUGAUGAUAGUGGAUGGAAAGAGUAUGGUGGAUAUCUCGUUAAAGUCUGCUCAAGAUAUCUUGAAAGAGGCAAUGACUAACAUGGAUGGUACUGAGGUUGUGCGACUUAUAACAGCUGUGUCUCCUUUUGGAAAUGAUGCAGAGGAAGUAACGUUUUUCUAAGUGACCUGUGAUCAACUGCAUCAACUUGUAAAGACUGGAGUCCUUUGAUAACGUCAGGGCUUCAAUUAUUAAAUCAAAGAGAAACUUGAAGUGUGCCAUUUUAAGCAAUUGGAUGAAAUAAUGCAGCAAACAGCAGCAGAAUAAGGAAACUGUUGUUUAGGCUGGUAGAUGAAGCGUUUAUUACUGGAUUCCUUACCUAAAAAAGCAUCACAUUAGAACUUUCCUUUGCGGUCAGCAAUAUCUUAGAUAGCUGCUCCCAUUAACAGCUCCUGCAAAUUUUGCUUGGGAACCUGUGGCCACCCUGUUUUCAUCAAACGACAUAACCACCGUCUUCUAGUAUAACCAGGAUUGUGCUGAACUCGAAUUUAUCUUUCGGAACUGUACAAGGUAGAUUUUGACACCUAUUUUUCAUCAUUAGUUCUGUCAUUGAACAACAUCAUGAUUCCACCAGCGGGAAAACACCCCAGUCUACAUGGGGAGGACUAUUGUGUCCACAGCUAUUGUUCCAUGUGAAAGCCGCUUUGUGUUUGAGCUACCGCCCUUAAUGCCGAACACCUGGACACAAUACAACCAAGAGGUGAAGGCACUACUAGGUCCACUGCAUUUCAAAGUCUCUUCCUGGGACAUCACUCUAGCCCAAGCAGGUGAUUUGUUUACACCAACUCUUUCUGAGUUUCUAGUUUCUAAACUGGAAUUCGUUAAAGAGGAAAAAUCACGAGCUAUAUUCAUCGCUCUGAAAAAAGGGCCCUGAAAAAAACAAGAUCAGCCAGGAAUGCACUCCUAAAAAGGCAUUUGGAAAAAACGCUCCAAAGGAAGAUAAAAAGGCAUUCAUAAAUACCUCGGACAGUUUCGCUAUUCCUAUUGGUCACGUGGGUGUGUAU